AAAGAAAGAAAAAAAAAAAAAACGGAAAAAAUUUUCUGGAUUAUACAGCCUUUUACACUGCUGCAAUCUCCAAUUCUGUUAUGCGGCCAAUGAAAUAAGGUUGUCUCUUGUGUUCUUUUACUGUGACGCGCUUCAGAAGUUUUCACUUCUUUACUAUUAUUUUUUUUAGAAAAUGACAGAUUAUUUAGAAGAACAAAAGAAUGAAAUUGAAGCACUUCAGUCUAUUUAUCCAGAUGAAUUCGAAGGUAUAAGUGAGACAGAAUUUAGAAUAUCUAUAUAUCCCGAAGAACAAGACCUAGAGAAUCCACGCGCACUUUCAUUGCAUGUGAUAUAUACACCCAAUUACCCGGACGAAUUACCAGAAUAUGAAAUUGAAAUUAUUCAGGGUCAAGUGCCAGAAUCAUAUCUUUCGAGAAUAGAACAAUCUGUCAAACAGGCUGCUGAAGAAUCGAUCGGUAUGGCCAUGGUUUUCUCUUUGGUGAUGAUCAUCAAGGAAGAACUAGAUAAUAUCGUUUUGGACGUCAAGAGAGCUGAAGAAGAACUGGUCAAGGAAAAGAAACGUAAAGAAGAAGAAGCAGAACAAGCUAAAUUUGUAGGCACCAAAGUGACAAGAGAUAGCUUUUUGGAUUGGAAAAAGAAGUUUGACGCAGAAAUAGCAGAAAAGGAUGCUGUAGCAAGAGCACAAAAGGCAAAGGAACUAAAGGGAAAACUGACAGGUCGUCAAUUGUUUGAGCAAGACAAGACUUUGGCUAUGUCCGAUGCUAGUUAUAUGGAUGAAGGCGAUGUAUCAGUCGAUGUGUCUCAGUUUGAUAAAGAGGAUCGUGCUGGUGCUUUUGAUGAUCAAUAUAAAGAUGAAGAAGAAAAUCCUGUGUGGAAGAAUGUGGAUUAAAAUAAACUCAAUUUAUCACACGUGAUUUCUUUUUCUUUAUU